CGCGCUGCAUACUAAAACCAGAAUAUAACUGCGAUCAAUUUGUUUCACGCGGCUUCAUGCAACUUCGUAUCCACAGUAUACAUACAUAUCAGUGGAUAUAUCCUGUACAUAUUUCGUCUAUACUUUUACGUAUCGUCUGUCUAUGUGAUACCAGGAGUUAACAUUGUUAAAAGGUUCAUAGAACAAAAAUAAUGGUAGUGAUAUUUAAUGUAAUAUUAAUAAUUAUAGUGUUACUAAUUGCUGUUUCGUUUGUGAGAUAUUUCUUUUGGCGAAGACGGCUAAGAGAUGUUAAUAAAAAGCAUGUUGUUGUGACUGGUGGAUCAAGUGGUAUAGGAAAAUGUGUUGCAAUUCUUGCUGCAAAGUGUGGAGCACAUGUAACAAUAAUUGCAAGAGAUGUUCAUAAAUUAGAAGUUGCAAGAAAUGAAAUCAUUCAUGCAUGCAAAAACAAGGAUGUUCAAAAAGUUGAAUAUCUAUCUUUAGAUAUUGGUGAAGAUUAUAAUGCUGUUGAAAAAGCUCUGAGUGAUUUAGAAAGAACUAUGGGUCCAAUAUAUAUGUUGGUGAAUUGUGCUGGAACUGCAAUUUGUGGCAAAAUAGAAGAUACCUCUAUAGCAGAUCUACAGAAAAUGAUUAGUAUUAAUUUCUUAGGAACAUAUUAUUGUAUCAAAGCUGUUGUCCAAAGAAUGAAAGCUUCUCAGGAAGGAAUUAUAGUAUUAACUUCUUCUCAAGCUGCAUUAUUAGGUAUAUUUGGCUAUUCUGCAUAUUGUAGUACAAAAUUUGCACUUCGCGGUUUGGCAGAAAGUAUAUCUAUGGAAUUAGCACCAUAUAAUAUUUCUGUAACUCUUAGUCUACCUCCAGAUACUGAUACUCCAGGUUUUGCUAUAGAAGAAUUAUCUAAACCACUUGAAACAAAGCUUAUAUCUGAAACUAGUGCUCUUGUCAGUCCAGAAGUAGUAGCAAAUAAACUUUUUAAAGAUGCAUUAGCCGGGAAAUUUUUCUCUACUGUCGGUAUGGAAGGAUUUAUGUUAACUGUUUUAUGCUCUGGAAUGUCACCGCUUAAUUCGAUUCGAGAAUUAUUUCUGCAAUCGAUGCUAAUGGGUAUUUUUCGACUUGUAAGUGCCUGCUAUCUUGUACAUUUUCGAACAAUCAUUCAGAAUUGUAUGAAGACACGCGAUAGAAACAAAAAAUCUGAAUGAUUUUUCACAAGCCUAUGCGUAUGAUAGAUACCGAAUAUGUAUGACGAUUCUCGUGAGACGCAGUAUCGCGAUACUCAUUUCGUGUAUCUUAGCAACCUCGGCCUCUUGGUCGGUUUCACACGUUGAUAUGUAUAUUGCGAUAUGCGUAUGAUAUAUACCGAAUAUAUGUAUGUAUGUUGUACAUGUAUCACAAUGGAAUCACGAUACUAAUUUCGUGUAUCCCAAAAGCCUUGGCCGCUGGCGACACUUUAUAAAGUCGGUAGACAAAACAACAGAACAUCGAAACAAAUUGUGUCAUCCACACGAGAGAUUCGGUAUCGUUUUGGUCCUACAAAAUAGCACACCUUCUAAUUUUUAUGUUUUUUUUCUGCAAACUAAAUACAUUCAAUUUCGUUGCUUAAUAAUUUUUAGUGAGUAACAUAUAUUAUUAUUAACUAUUAGCUAUAAAAAGUUGAGCAAUGGAGUUUUAUUAUUUUAUUAUAUAAUUUAAUAAAUAGAUUGAAAAAUUAUAAUAAAUAUGCAUGAAAAUUUUGUAAUAUUUUAUACUUUCUUCUUUGAGAGCGAUAUAUUUUGUUUAUUAAUGUAUUUUGAAGAAAAUUGUGACUACUUUUUCACAAUAUAGCUUUUUAAAUCUGUAACAUUUUUAAAUUGCCUUCCUUUUUCUUAUAAAUAUUUUUAUGUGUUUGUAUCCACUUAUUUAUUUAUAUACUAAAUCAGUAUUUCCUUUUCAUUCCUUCUUUUCUUUUAUCUCUUUUAUAUAACAUCACAUAGAUGGAACCUCAAACUUUUGCAUUUCUAAAAGAAAAUAUCUUCGUUUAAAAUAUAUGCUUGAGACGAGCUACUCUCGAUUUCAAUUAAAGAAUAAACGAAACAAAUGAUCGACACAAAGAGACAAAUGAAAUCAUAUUUCAUAUCUCAUACGUGCAUCACAUGUAUCGUCGUGUGAAAUCAAUCUACGUGUAAAAGAACUUAUAUAAUAGAAAUAAAUACACUGCAUUUGUAACUUUUACGGCAUAUGCAUAAUAAACAAGCGAUUAUGGAAAA